CCUCGCAGGACUCACUGCAGAGGAUGGGCUCAGCUGACUGUCAGCCUGUUAUUAUGUCCGCGACCGGUCGCCGCCAACACCCAAACACAGUGCGGCAAAACAGGCGAGUGGGGCUCAGCAUCGGGUCUAAUGAAUGAGUGAGUACCCAGGAAGAAACAUGAGUCACGAAUGAGGUCUGCAGGAUGUCUUUCAAGAAGGAAACACCCCUGGCCAACGCUGUGUUUUGGGCAGCGAGGAAGGGGAACUUGGCUCUGCUUCAGCUGCUGCUCAACAGCGGGCGUGUGGACGCAGACUGCAGAGACAGUUAUGGAACAACGGCGCUGAUGGUGGCGUCGUACAGCGGCCACUAUGACUGUGUCAAAGAGCUUAUCAUGCAAGGAGCCGACAUCAACUACCAGAGAGAGACUGGUUCUACCGCCCUCUUCUUCGCCUCCCAGCAGGGACACCAUGACAUUGUGAAGCUCCUCUUUGAAUUCGGUGCCUCCACUGAAUUCCAGACAAAGGAUGGCGGCACAGCUCUCACUGUGGCCUCGCAGUAUGGUCACUCCAAGGUGGUGGACACCCUCCUGAAGAAUGGGGCCAACGUUCACGAUCAGCUAACUGAUGGUGCCACCCCUCUGUUCCUCGCUGCCCAAGAGGGUCAUGUGACUGUCAUUCGUCAGCUGCUGUCAUCUGGUGCCAAGGUUAACCUACCAAGGGAGGAUGGCACUGCCCCCCUGUGGAUGGCAGCUCAGAUGGGCCAUAGUGAGGUGGUGAAGGUGCUACUCUUGCGCGGUGCAGAUCGGGAUGCUGACAGACAAGAUGGCUCAACAGCGUUAUUCAAAGCCGCUUUUAAAGGACACAACAGCGUCAUCGAGGAACUCCUCAAGUUCUCUCCUUCGCUUGGCCUUCUCAAGAACGGCUCUACUGCCCUUCAUGCUGCUGUUAUGGGUGGCAAUCUCCAAAGUGUUCUGCUGCUGCUUGGGGCCAACGCAGACCCUACACUACCAAACAAGGAUAAUGAACUCCCAGCAGAUCUUACAAAGAGCGAUCGCAUCCUAAAGGUUUUACGUCCAAAAAUCUUGAACGGACACAGUUGAUGACAGCCCAGUCUCUUGCCUACAUGUCUGCCUGUAACACACACUUAGGACGAAGGGGGGGAAACAGCGUCAAAUACUUAAUUAUAACAUGUACUGUACACGGUGCUUGCUUUUGAUUGCGACUGAAAUGAAGCUGUCAUACGCUGAACAAACCUGGACUAAGUAUAGAGUAACACAAAAUGCAUUAGUCUGCCAUGUGCAUUAUCAUCUCCUUUACCCUGUUCUUCCACUAAAUAUGCAUUUAUUUUGUUUACCCCAGGUGUUGUAAUAUUUCUAGAUAUUUUGCACACUAUUUAUUUGCCUUUUUAAUAAAUGUAAUAAAGUGGGAUUUUCUUUAUUAAA